AUGACGGACACCGUGGUCAGCAACAGCACCAACCGAUGGAUGUACCCCAGCGACCGGCCCCUGCAGUCCAAUGAUAAAGAACAGCUCCAGGCAGGCUGGAAUGUCCACCCCAGCGGUCAGCCCGACAGACAGAGGAAGCAGGAAGAGCUGACGGACGAGGAGAAGGAGAUUAUCAACAGGGUGAUCGCUCGAGCUGAGAAAAUGGAAGAGAUGGAGCAGGAGAGAAUCGGACGCCUGGUGGACCGACUGGAGAACAUGAGGAAGAGCGUAGCUGGGGAUGGGGUGAACCGCUGCAUACUAUGCGGAGAGCAGCUGGGGAUGCUGGGCUCGGCCUGUGUCGUGUGUGAGGACUGUAAGAAGAACGUCUGCACCAAGUGUGGGGUGGAGACCUCCAACAACCGCCCGCACCCCGUGUGGCUCUGUAAGAUCUGCAUGGAGCAGAGAGAGGUGUGGAAGCGCUCUGGAGCCUGGUUCUUCAAGGGUUUCCCCAAGCAGCUCCUCCCACAGCCCAUGCCCAUAAAGAAGAACAAGCCCCAGCCGCCCACGAGUGAGCCUGCUGCCCCAGAGCAGCCCCCUGAGCCCAAGCACACGGCCCGCGUGCCAGCCCAAGCUGACACUGAAGACAGGAGGGGCCCGGGUCCCAAAACAGGACCUGACCCAGCAUCUGCUCCAGGGAGAGGAAGCUAUGGGCCUCCUGUGCGCAGGGCCUCCGAGGCCCGCAUGAGCUCAUCUACCCGGGAUCCAGAGAGCUGGGACCAUGGUCAAGGUGGGGGAGCUGGAGACGCCAGCCGCAGCCCAGCGGGUUUGAGACGAGCCAACUCUGUCCAGGCCUCGAGACCCGCCCCCGCCUCGGUGCCCAGCCCAGCACCUCCUCAGCCUGGACAGCCAGGGUCCCCAGGGGGCAGCAGACCCGCGCCAGGGCCAGCAGGGCGCUUUCCAGAGCAGAGACCAGAAGUGGCUCCCAGCGACCCUGGCUAUACGGGAACCACGGCCCCAGCCCGGGAAGAGAGAACAGGGGGAGUUGGGGGCCCUUAUUCCCAAGCAGCUGCAGCUGCGCCCCAGCCUGCCCGCGCCCCCGCCCGCCAGCCACCCCCGGAGGAGGAAGAGGAUGCCAACAGCUACGAUUCCGAUGAAGCAACCACCCUGGGUGCCCUGGAAUUCAGCCUGCUCUAUGACCAGGACAACAGCUCUCUGCAGUGCACCAUCGUGAAGGCCAAGGGACUGAAGCCCAUGGAUUCCAAUGGCCUGGCCGAUCCCUAUGUGAAGCUGCACCUCCUGCCAGGAGCCAGCAAGUCCAACAAGCUACGUACAAAAACCCUGCGGAACACCCGGAACCCUGUCUGGAAUGAGACCCUUGUGUACCACGGCAUCACGGACGAGGACAUGCAGAGGAAGACCCUCAGGAUCUCCGUCUGUGACGAGGACAAAUUCGGCCACAAUGAGUUUAUUGGGGAGACCAGAUUCUCGCUCAAGAAACUGAAGCCCAACCAGAGGAAGAAUUUCAAUAUUUGUCUGGAGCGGGUGAUCCCCAUGAAGCGCGCAGGGACCACUGGGUCGGCCCGCGGCAUGGCGCUCUACGAGGAAGAGCAGGUGGAGCGCAUUGGCGACAUUGAGGAACGAGGCAAGAUCCUGGUGUCCCUGAUGUACAGCACACAGCAGGGGGGCCUCAUCGUGGGCAUCGUGCGCUGUGUGCACCUGGCCGCCAUGGACGCCAACGGCUACUCGGACCCGUUCGUCAAGCUCUGGCUGAAACCAGACAUGGGGAAGAAGGCCAAACACAAGACUCAGAUUAAAAAGAAAACCUUGAAUCCUGAAUUUAACGAGGAGUUUUUCUACGACAUUAAACACAGUGACCUGGCCAAGAAGUCGCUGGACAUCUCUGUCUGGGACUACGACAUCGGGAAGUCCAACGACUACAUCGGAGGCUGCCAGCUGGGGAUCUCAGCCAAGGGAGAGCGUCUGAAACACUGGUACGAGUGUCUGAAAAACAAAGACAAGAAGAUCGAGCGCUGGCACCAGCUUCAGAACGAGAACCACGUGUCCAGCGAUUAG